CCCCCAACCUCCCAAUCCGCCUUUCAAAAAGAGGAAACGCCGGGCGUCCCGCGCAUCCGCUUCUCCACCCAAAACCCUUGCCGCCGGCGACCGAUGUCGCGCUGGAAGGAGAACGCCUCCCCCCUCCCCCUCCACCCCCGCGGCUCCUCCGGCCCCUCACCUUUUCUCCCCUGCAAGCGCCCGCUGCAAUCGCCAUGCCCGCCGCCGCGCCGACCCCUCGCCAACGUCUCCGGCAACGCGCUGGAACAGCGCGGCGGCGGGGAGCGAUGCGGGUACGGGUACGAGUACAGAACUCCCCUCACGAAGGCGCCCAGGCCGUGCGGGUUCCUUCUGGGCGAUGAGGACGAGGACGAGAUGGACGAGGCCUUUCUGCAGGAGGUGGAUGCCAUCUGCGAGGAGCACGCGCGGUCCAAGGCCAGGAAGGAGAAGGAAAAAGAGAUGGAGGCGGCGGAGAAGCAGAAGGAAACGGGCGAAGGGUCGCUCGGGGCGGUGACGAUGAUCGACGAUGCCGGACCAGAGAUCACAACGCUUGAGGAUGCAUUCUGGAAGGAGGAAAAUGCCGUUUGUGAAGAGCGUGAUGCCCAGUCUGCUGCCAAUAGCCAAGAGUCGCUGAAGGAGGUGGAGGAAGAAGAAAGCUUGGUGCUUUCGUUUGGUGAUUCUUCGCUUCCGCCUUCUAUUUCCAUCACAGCGGAGGGUGGGGAGUUCGAAGAUGCUUUCUGGAAGAUCAAUGCCAUUAGCGAGGAGCACCAUACCAAGUCUCCUGCCAAGUGCCAGGAGGGGAUGAAGGAGUGGGAGGAAAAAGACGACUUGGUAGCAUUGUGUGGAGAUGCUUCAGUUCCCCCAGUAAUUUCCAUUGCAAAGGGGGGUGGAGAGCUUGUUGAUGCAUUCUUUGGGGAGGCUGAUGCCGCUAUCAAUGAGGGGAAUGCUACCCUGUCUACUGCCAAGGGCCAGGAGGAGCUGCAAGAUAUGGAACUAGAAAUGAAGGAAGAUGAAGGGUGUGCUCCAAGGAAGUACUAUGAAUAUUUGCACUCCCUGAACGAUAGGCAGAGGGAGGCUGCAUGUAGUGAUGUGGCUGUUCCACUAAUUAUUGUUGCUGGUCCAGGAAGUGGAAAGACUUCCACAAUGGUUGGUAGGGUGCUCACACUGCUCAAAAAGGGAAUUCCACCAUCGAACAUUCUUGCUAUGACAUUCACAACAGCUGCUGCCUCAGAAAUGAGGGAUCGAAUAGGGGCAGUGGUGGGGAAGGCAGUUGCCAAGGAGAUUGCAAUAAGCACAUUUCACUCAUUUUGCUUGCAGCUUUGCAGGACACAUGCUGAAAAGCUAGGACGCACAUCUGAAUUUGUAAUCUAUGGACAUGGACAACAACGGAGGGCUGUUAUUGAGGCGGAGCGCUUAUUGGAAAAUGACAAAAACAAUGGUCUAGGAGAUACAACUAAGCAACAUGAUGGAGACAUAAAAAAUUCUUUUAAAGACAAAGCUAAGAAAUGGCAGAAGUUUAUUACACAGGCAAAAGCUUCAGGAAGAACUCCAGAGGAGUAUGAAAAGAAGGGUGAUUUGACAGGAGCUUCAGUUCUUCGGCACUACAAUGAAAUAUUAAGGUCUUGUAAUGCUCUUGAUUACCAUGAUUUUAUUAACUCAUCCAUAACCCUUCUCACGAAGUUUCCUGAAGUAUACAAAGAGUGCCAGGAUAUGUGGCAGGCAAUUGUAGUUGAUGAGUUUCAGGAUACAAGUGCUAUGCAAUAUUGUCUUCUGAAGAUUCUGUCUUCCCACAAUCGUGUAACUAUCGUUGGUGAUGAAGAUCAGUCCAUCUUCAGUUUCAACGGCGCCGAUAUUUCUGGCUUUGAUUCAUUUCGUAGAGAUUUUCCAAAUCACAAAGAGAUCAGGUUGAGCAAGAACUACCGGUCCACACGGGCAAUUGUUGAAGCAGCAACAGCUCUAAUUCAUAACAACACUAAACGGCAUCACCAUAAACUUGUUGAGACUGACAACCCUUCUGGGUGUAAGAUCACUGUCAAGGAGUGCCAUAGUGAAGAUUCACAAUGUGCAUUUGUUAUCGACAAAAUCAUUGAAACUACGUCUAGUUCAGCUGAAGGCUGCAACUUUGGCAACAUUGCUGUCCUAUAUCGAAGACAGGUAACUGGCAAAACGUUCCAAGUGUCCUUCCGCAACAGGAAAAUUCCCUUUAAUGUUCAUGGUGUGGCUUUCUACAGGAAAAAGGUCAUCAAAGCUAUCAUGGCAAUACUUCGGACCACAUUACCUGGCUGUGAUGAUGGCCCAUGGCGUCAAGCCUUCAAGGCCCUUUUACCUAGUGACAAGGAAGAAAAGACAAAGAUUAUAGAUCAUGUUGAAAAGAUUUCUUUGGCUAGAAAGUGUAGUUUUAUAUCCGCUGCUACUGACAUCUUCAGCGCAAAGGUCUCUGGUACCUUCAAAAGGGCCCAGAUCACUCAAGGACGUAAGGUUUUAUCAACCUUGGAUAGCCUAUCAAAACUUGUUGAGAGGGAACAAUCAGUUUCAGUCAUCAUUUCCUCUGCAGGAGAUAUGCUACCUCAGAAAUAUCUUCUUGAAAAGCGUGCAGUUAUUGAUGCUGACAAUGGCAAAUUGUUAAAUGAAGACAAUGACAUCAGAUCAGUCUUUCAGUUUUUAAUGGAUGAUGUGUCUGACUUCUUGUCAACACAUUUUUCUGGUUCAAUGGAGAGAAGCAGCAAGAGUGAGGAGAAAGGCUGUGCUUCUACACUUAAAGCUUUUAUUGAUUAUAUAUCUUUGAGGGAAACUGAAAAUUUUCGAUCCCGAAAGGAGGAAAAUAAGAAUUCCAUCACAUUAACAACCAUUCAUCAGUCAAAAGGUUUGGAGUGGGAUGUUGUGUUCAUUGUGCAGGCAAACGAUGCAGAAAUUCCUUUGUUGCAUGAGUACAAUGGCUCUGUGAAAGAAGCUGGAAGCACACUGGAGGAGGAGAGGAGGUUAUUCUAUGUUGCGAUGACGCGAACUCGUAAAAAAUUGUACAUCUUGCAUGUUACAGUUGACUCUAAUCGUCAGCUUCUUCAACCUUCACGUUUCCUCAGGGAAAUUCCUAGUCACCUUCUUGAGGUGCAGGGCGAGGGGACUCUCAGAAAAAUUUCUGAACAGCCUUCUGGGGACAUUCCUUUUGAUGACUCUGAAGGGGAUACAUCAAUUGAAAAGCCUAUUGCGGAACAGAACGAAACUUCACCGUACCCAGAACAGUCAUGCCUUGCUAAUGAUUUCUUGAAAAGGUUCGAAAUUGAUGAUAGAUCAGUAAUCUCACAUAUAUUUCAUCAUUGGGCCAAGAAGCAGGCAUUUCAAAAUCCAAAGAGACUGCUUUAUAAGAUCAGCUUUGUGAUUGAUGAACGCUUACGAGGUAAAGAAUACAAGCGCAAGGAUGUCUUGCGCAAGCUGAAGUCAUUCCUAAGUGGUGAUGAAGCAUUUGGUUAUGCACAAUAUGUUAUCAAGUGGGAACAAAUUCCUAUUGACAAGCGGAGUCAUUUGACGAGAGAAAGACAGGAACAUUUCCAAAAGCAGAGGAUAGAGAACUCCAUGGGCUCCUCAGAACCUACAGCUAAGCAGAUAUCCUACCUGCGGAACCUGGGGUGCACCAUCACGCCGACGUCUCGCCUGCACGCAUCGCAUCUCAUCGAAAAGUACAAAUCGCUCUGACCUGCUAAUUGCUAAGGUCAGAUGGCUUGAAUUGAAGUUGUUGCAGAGGUGUUCAAACGCUCAUAAAUUUGUGCGGAUCCUUGGGAUCAUGGGCUGUGGUCGACUGAAUUCAUGGUAGAAGUAGAACUAGCCGUACCGGACGUACAUGCUGUAUAUAUGAAUGUAGUAGUGUAUGGAAUCUGUUGUGCAUUUGACACGUCAGGGUUAUAUGUGCCACCUGUUAAGAGUUUGAGCUUCUCUUUGCAAUGUUAGAAUUAUUACUUAUUUGUUAUAUUUGGUUCUUUCUCACCUCA